AUGAUAUGGCGGAGCAGAGCUGGUGCUGAAUUGUUCUCUCUGAUGGCUCUAUGGGAGUGGAUAGCACUGAGUCUUCAUUGCUGGGUUUUAGCGGUUGCUGCUGUUUCGGAUCAGCAUGCCACAAGCCCCUUCGACUGGCUCCUCUCUGAUAAGGGACCCUUCCAUCGCUCACAGGAAUACACAGAUUUUGUGGACAGAAGCCGGCAGGGAUUUAGCACGAGAUACAAGAUCUACAGGGAGUUUGGCCGCUGGAAAGUAAAUAACCUUGCAGUUGAGAGAAGAAAUUUCCUUGGCUCCCCUCUGCCUCUUGCCCCUGAAUUCUUCCGCAACAUAAGACUUUUGGGACGCCGACCUACCCUUCAGCAAAUCACAGAAAACCUUAUCAAGAAAUAUGGGACCCAUUUCUUGCUAUCUGCUACUUUGGGAGGAGAGGAGUCACUCACAAUUUUUGUGGACAAGCGGAAGCUGAGCAAACGAUCUGAAGGAAGUGAUUCCAGCACCAAUAGCUCUUCGGUCACUCUGGAGACCCUACAUCAACUAGCCGCUUCUUAUUUCAUUGACAGGGACAGCACCCUUCGGAGACUACACCACAUUCAAAUUGCAUCCACUGCCAUAAAGGUAACAGAAACACGGACGGGUCCUCUUGGCUGCAGUAACUAUGACAACCUAGAUUCUGUCAGUUCUGUUCUGGUUCAGAGUCCUGAGAAUAAGAUUCAGUUGCAAGGGCUUCAAGCACUCCUUCCAGACUACCUUCAGGAACGUUUUGUGCAAGCGGCUUUGACCUACAUCGCUUGCAAUUCAGAGGGAGAGUUUAUCUGCAAGGACAAUGACUGCUGGUGUCAGUGUGGUCCCAAAUUUCCAGAAUGCAACUGCCCCUCCAUGGACAUUCAAGCCAUGGAAGAGAAUCUUCUUCGAAUAACUGAAACCUGGAAAGCCUACAACAGUGAUUUUGAGGAGUCAGAUGAAUUCAAGUUCUUUAUGAAAAGACUACCCAUGAAUUAUUUCCUCAACACAUCUACCAUAAUGCAUUUGUGGACAAUGGAUUCUAAUUUUCAGCGCCGCUAUGAACAACUGGAGAACAGCAUGAAGCAACUUUUCCUAAAGGCACAGAAAAUUGUACACAAGCUCUUUAGUCUUAGCAAGAGGUGUCAUAAACAACCCGUCAUCAGCCUGCCAAGACAAAGAACUUCAACCUACUGGCUCACUCGCAUCCAGUCUUUUCUCUACUGCAACGAGAACGGCCUCCUGGGCAGCUUUUCAGAAGAGACGCACUCGUGCACGUGUCCGAAUGACCAGGUGGUCUGCACUGCUUUCCUUCCCUGCACGGUGGGCGACGCCUCCGCUUGCCUGACCUGCGCCCCGGACAACCGCACCCGCUGCGGCACCUGCAACACCGGCUACAUGCUGAGCCAGGGGCUCUGCAAGCCUGAAGUGGCGGAGUCCACCGAUCACUACAUUGGCUUUGAGACCGACCUGCAAGAUCUCGAGAUGAAGUACCUGUUACAAAAAACGGACAGACGAAUAGAAGUCCAUGCCAUUUUUAUCAGCAAUGACAUGCGCCUCAAUAGCUGGUUUGACCCCUCCUGGCGUAAACGGAUGCUCCUCACCCUGAAGAGUAACAAGUACAAGUCAAGCCUGGUGCAUAUGAUCUUGGGUCUCUCUUUACAGAUAUGCUUAACUAAAAACAGUACCUUGGAGCCCGUGUUGGCCGUUUACAUCAAUCCCUUCGGAGGCAGCCACUCUGAGAGCUGGUUCAUGCCUGUGAAUGAAAACAGCUUUCCAGACUGGGAGCGGACUAAGUUGGACCUCCCGCUCCAGUGUUACAACUGGACGCUAACUCUGGGGAACAAAUGGAAGACGUUCUUUGAGACAGUGCACAUCUACCUGAGGAGUCGCAUCAAGUCAAAUGGCCCCAAUGGCAAUGAAAGCGUUUACUACGAGCCUCUGGAGUUUAUUGACCCUUCCCGGAACCUGGGCUAUAUGAAAAUCAAUAACAUUCAAGUGUUUGGCUACAGCAUGCACUUUGACCCUGAAGCAAUCCGGGACCUGAUUUUGCAGCUGGACUACCCCUAUACUCAGGGAUCCCAGGAUUCAGCACUUUUACAGCUACUAGAGAUAAGAGACCGUGUAAAUAAACUCUCCCCACCUGGUCAGCGCCGUCUAGAUCUUUUCUCGUGCUUGCUGCGUCACAGACUCAAGCUGUCUACUAGUGAAGUGGUGAGGAUCCAAUCUGCUCUGCAGGCGUUCAAUGCCAAAUUGCCAAACACAAUGGACUAUGACACGACCAAAUUAUGUAGUUAA